AUGGCUGUCGCCCUUUUGGGCAAGUGCGUCGCGCUGCUGGGCCUCGUCGUGCUGCUCUACACCACUUGCUAUGGCUUCCGGAUUCGCGAUGUGCCGCAGCCGCACUCGGGGCUCUGCGUUCCCACGCUUGGCAGAAUUUGUCCCGACAAAAUGACGGUGACAACGGCCACGACGAGCGGGGGACCGAUGUACCUGGCUCGAAAGUGGCACGAGAGCGUGGUGUCGAGGGCUGCUGGCAGCCGGAAACCACCUGCCGAGCCGACGUCGGAUGAAGAAGCGGAGGAGACUCGUUUGAGGGUCGAGAGGGCCGCGGAAUAUUCAAGAGACAAGGGUGCAACUAGAUCGAGAGGUUCUAAGGUGGAAAGCGUCGAGGUGGAGGACGACGAUGAGGAGGAGGAGGAAGAAGUGUUGGUGGAAGUGGAAGACGAAGGGGACGAGGUGACGGAAGAGGAUGACGAUGGAUCAGUAAGGGAUUCCGAGAGAGAUCAAACGGAUGAAGAUGAGGAGCAAGCGUCCGGUGCCGAGCUGUCGGAUGAAGACAUCAAGGAUGAGAAGAAGCGCCCGAUAUUGAAGAAAGAGCUCGACGAAAGUGACGACGACGAUGAGGAGAGUGAAGGUGAUGAUAAUGACGAUGACGAAGGUGUUGGCAAGAAGAUUUCCAAGAAGCAAGUGGGAGGUAUCGAGACGAAAAUUAAAGCCUCGAAGACUGUCAAGUCGGUGAAAUACACUAGAAGAAAAACUGCUGACGACGACGACGACGACGACGAAGAGGAUGAAGAUGACGAUGUUAAGGAUGAAGAUAGCGAAGGAAAAGAGAAGGAAAAGAAGGUUCGAACUAAAAUAGAUAAGCGACAAGUCGUAGAACCAGUUAGAAAACAAGUGAGCGUAUCAUACAAGAAACAAGACCAGAGUAAAAUUCAGGUUUCACAAAGCUACGUUGAUAAAGACGACAAAGACGACGAGGAAGAUAAAGAAGUUGAUACUGGGAAGGCCAUUCCAACAACUAAAAAGUUGGAGAAAGUAAGACUCGCGGAUAAGGAUAAAGCUAAGACGGCUAAAAUUGCACCUAGCAAGCCCGCUGAGGAAAAGCCGAAACAAGAAGAGAGAAAACCGGCCGAGGUCGCGAGGCCGAAAGUCGAGAGCGUGAAAAAGACAGUCGAAAGCACGAAGAAACCUGAGCCGAUCGAAGCUGCGAGGAGAGCCGCGGAAGGUGCGAAGAAAUCCGUCGAGGCCACUCAGAAACCAGCCGAGAGCGCAAAGAAAUUAGCUGAGAGCGCGAGAAAAGCCGAACCGGUGAAAACGACCGGCCCCAGACCUAAGAUCGAGGCGUCCGGUGCCACGGGGAAAGUAGACGAGAAAUCGAAGAUGCACGCGAAGGCGGAAGCUCCGGCUCCCGCGCCGAAGAUGAAGAAGGAGCAAGCGAGACAGAAGCCGCAGAAGGCGGACGUGAAAAAAGCAGCGGCGAAAGCAACUUCGAAAGUAACGUCGAAGGAAGUUUCGCGGGCGGAGAAGCGAGAGACGAGGCCGAAAACAAGCAAACAUACUGGCGCAUCCGUUACAUUGUCCGAGCUGAAUGAUGCAAUACUGCAUGUGCCGACCUUCGUGCCAAAUUUCAUGAACGUUGAAGACCCCGAGUGUCAGCGGCACGGCAAGAUAUUCCUGCGACAAUUGAGAGGUUACAAGUUGUGGGCGCUGCAAAUGUUGGACUCGAGCGCAAAGAUUCCGUCAGGCUUGUUGCGAGGGAACGUGAAUCAACUCGGGGAUUACGACCAAUGCUUGGGUGUGUUGGCGCAUGUUAAGGUGGAUGAGAGGGCGAUAAGAAUUCAGGGGAAAUAUUGUUUGGCUACGGUGGACCUGCACGCUUCCCAUCCGGAUAUGAGGCUGCCGGUCAAUCUAAUGCAAGCCCGCGCUUUUAUACGAGGCAACAUGCACGAUCCGGGUCAUUUCAUUCCGAAAUUCACUACGAUGAAUUGGGCGCUGUGCCUCCCCGCGGUGUGUUCCGCCAAGGACGCUGAGCGCGCGUUGGAAAGCGCCCUGAGUGAUUACAAUGCAACUGUCGGGAUUAAGUUUACGGUGGACGUCGAUCCUAAUCUGUGCUACGUCAAGCAAAAGUCUCAGAGUUACUCGAAGGAGACGAUCGGCGUCUUAUACUUUUACGCGAUGGUCAUUUGUCUCGUUAUUAUAGCGACCGUGAGGGAUUACCUGGUGGAGACGCAAGGAAAGGGAAAUUACUCUGAAAGGAUAAUCAUGUCAUUUUCCUUGCGAAGGACGAUUAAAGCCUUAUUGAAGGAAGAGACGGGUGCUGCGGAUAUUACGUGCAUCCACGGAAUAAGAGCGCUGGCUAUGAUCGCUCUUUACGUUGCUCACCAGCUUAUAACAAUUUCCCGAAUACCGCUUAGUAAUCGUACCUCUUUCAGCGAGAUCGCCAACAGCCCGGCCAGUUCUAUUUUGCGAGUAUCGUUAGUUUACACGGACGCCUUCCUGCUGCUAAGCGGCGUCCUCACCGCUUACAAUAUGGCGUACGAGCUGAGAACUCGCGGAGAGAUUCGCUGGUUCUGUCGCUUCAUCGGCAGAUUCAUCAGGCUCACGCCAGCAUUGCUCGCCGUCGUGUUCUGGUAUGCCUUCGUGAUGGAACAUGUCGGCUCGGGUCCUCAAUGGAACAGCGUUAUCGCGGCGAACGCAGAACUCUGCAAGAAUAACGCGUGGACGAAUUUGUUAUACGUGCAGAACUUCUUCCCGUUCGAGGAGAUGUGCGCUACGCACACGCAUCAGCUGGCUCUGGAUAUGCAGCUGUCGCUCUUGGCUCCUAUCUUAGUCUUCUUCCUACAAUACAAACCCCUCAUCGGUAUCCUCCUGACGGUCUUCCUCAUCCUCCUGUCCGCCACGCUUCGUUACGUCGCGACGGUGAACAAUUAUCUGUCGCUCGUCAUCUUUCACGGGAUAUCACUGAAACGCCUUUACAAGACUGCUAAUUUAACUUACACAUUACCACUGCACAGAGCCACGCCGUACGUCUUCGGCGUAGGCCUUGGUGUGCUGUUAGAUUACACCGGGAAGAACGUCAGGAUCCACAAGGUGUUAGUGAUCUUGGGCUGGUUGAUCGCGACGGCCUUGGGUUCAUGGUCGUUAUUUUCACCCUGGCGUCAGGCCAGACGAGACUAUGUGUACGACGCUGAAGAGGCUGCUCAUUAUGCGGUAAUCGGGCCGGUGUUGUGGGCAGCGGCUCUAUGCUGGUCAAUAUUUGCCUGCUUCACGGAGCACGGAGGCGUCAUUAACAGAUUUCUCUCCAGCUGUUGGAUGCUGAUCGUCAGCAGGAUGUCGUACGCCGUCUACUUGACGCAAUUCGCAGUGUUUUUCCACAACAUUGGGACCACGAGAUCCUCCGCGGAGUUUCAGCUCUACAGGGCGAUCGAUCCUCUGGAACUAGCGAUAGUGAUAGCCGUGUCGGUCGUUUUGACGUUACUUUUGGAUCUCCCGAUGCAGGAGGUGAAGAGCGUCAUGAUGGAGAGCACGGACACCUUGGCGCUCGAAGCUUCCGAAGACAAAAAGACAAGCGUCGAGAACAAAGACGAAGUGGCGGAAGCCGCGGAAACGACGGGCGAGCAAGCGAGUGUUCCAGAGGACGACGAAGUCGUCUCGGCUGAGCGAGGCUGGCGAAAGGAUGUAGCUGAGGCUGCAGCCGACCUCGUGGAGGAGGAAACGGCAGAUGUGCCGACCAUGAAGAAAGUAAACGGUAAGCGAACAUUCGUCGAUAGCGAAACGCACGAUUCGCGAGAAGAGGCGUCGAGUAGAAAUCGUGCCAAAGCGGCGACUAGAAAACCAUCAAGAGACACAGACGAUGACGACAAUAAGAGGCCCGUGAGCAGUCAGGGAUACAUGCCUGAUGACUCCGAAGAAGAUAUCGUCGAGUUCCUCAGGAGUCAGCGGGAAUAUGAAAUCGUGGGGCAACGGAACAAGCCUCUGUCGUCCAGAACCAAAGAUAGCAAGAGAUCAGCGAGGAAGAGCGAAAAUGAUGACGACUCGUGGCAGUUCCAGCAGCCCGAGUCCAGAGACAGGACUCUGGCCAAGGAAGCGGACGAUUAUCAUUCUUGGGAAUUCGUCGGCAAGGACGCUUCGUUCGCCAGAGACCAGCAGGAGUCGGGCGCGAAAGCACGCAGGACAUUUUCCUCAGAGAGCGAGGAGGAGCCAGCGGGCAAACGAGCGCCGAGGCCUGAGCGCGUUUCAAGUUCUGAGACGAGGACGAGCGACGAAGAGGAGUGGGAGCACGAGUUGCGAAUACGGAGGAAACAGUUCAUGGAGAAACUAAUCUCCCAGCAGCGCGAGUCACUGGGAGAAGAAGAAGACGAGACUGAUGCGGAGACUUUGAAGCGCAGGUCCUCCGCGGAGGGCAGGAUAGCUUUGUUGAAGGACGACCUCUUGGGCGAGGACAACAUGGACUCGUGGACCGUCAGUGUUGGGCCGCGGCUCGCGUUGCUUGGGUCGUCUCAGGAACGAAGCGAGCCUGAGGAUGAUGGCGGCAUUUACAUGCGGCGAAGGGAGUAUCGCGAGCAGGGCCCACCAUCGAGGGAGGAGAGCCAAAGUGAAGAGGAGAGUAGCCAGGACACGUCGAGGAGGCAGUCGUACACCAGCGGCAGCCAAAAGACUUCCUUGGAGGAGGAGGACGACGUGAAUAGCCACAAUUUCGUCUUGACGAAAGAAAGCAAGAGGGAGUCUCUGCAAGAUCUGUCCAAGUUAUCGCAGGAAGAACUGGCAGAUUCCGGCUGGAGCGUCGUGAAGAAGGAGGGUGCCGAGCUCUCGGUGAAGCCGUCGACCGGCUUGUUCAAGCGAGAGUCGAUCGUGAAGAGUCAAGCCAGCGAGGAGGAUCCCGAGUAUCUCUUGCCGGAGCGACCCAAGCUGGUUCAGCAGGAGCGCGAGCAUCCGUUCAAGAAGGCCUGGCAGAUGCAAAAGUCCAGGUCGGAAGAGGACGGCUCUGCGGCGUACGCUAUCAAGGAUCUUAAGGAUCCUAAGGAUCCUAAAGAUCCCAAGGAACAGCAUGAGAAGAAGUCCAAGGAGCAGGAGGCGCCGAUCAAACGCGAAUAUAGCGGUGAGCAAUCCGAGGAUAUCGAAUCGUUCGCCGACGAUGAGGCUGAAAGCAGUGUGAUGUUGCAAAGUAGGAGCACUGACACGGAGGAUAACAGGACCGGCUCAAAGUCUGGCACGGACGAGACGGACUCGAUCUCGACGGACCACAGCAGGUCUGCGCGCGACGGAGACCACGGGCAAAGUUCGAAGUCUGAAACCGACGAAGAUUCCGCGAGAUUUAGUUGGCCGGUUGACGAAGAGGAGGAAGUGGAAGAGGAGGUCGAAGGUGAAGGCCGCAGAAUCGGCCAGAGAAGGAAGUCAGAGGAAACGGAUUGGCAUUGGGAGCAAGAGGAGACUUGACGAAAAUAAAAUUUUAGACAAUUUCACGAGAGAGUUAUUACGCGUUAUCUUCAAGUUCGCUUGAAGAUGAGGAUAUUUUGACGAAGAGAGGUGAUCGAUCUGUAUCAUGGCGCUCGAACGUGUUUAGCGAGCGAGAAUUUUUACCGAGACACGAAAGACAGGAAGAUAUCCGAAGAAAGAGAAACGACCGAGAUUUAUAUUAAUCAUUAUAUUAUAAGUUAUAAUAAAUGAUGAAGAAAA